CCAAGGGCCCUUUAUAAACACCAGUUUCCCCUUGUUUGUUUUCUCGUUGCGUAGUCGCGAAGCAUCCGAAGCGUUGUGAUAAUAUUCUCCUUUUUUUCCCUCUUUCGAAGAAGUGACCUCGAAAACCCUAACCCUAGCAACAACUUGGCCCAAGUCUAGAAUUCGUUUCGCUGUUCUCAUCAAAGUUCCUUCUUAAACCUUUCUUCUCGAAAUCGGUAACUAGGCUUCAAAUCCUUUACCUUUUUGUUAGAUCUCUCUCAUAUUAUCUGCAAAUUGGCAUCUAUAUUAUUUGUUUGAUGGCGGCUAAACCACUUACAACUGAAGCAAUAGCCCUCACAGAAAAGAAAAUGGACAUGACAUUGGAUGAUAUCAUUAAAAUGUCAAAAAACACUUCAAGUAAAGCCAAGAAGCAGCGAAGGAUGCCGAAUAGAAGUCAGAAACCUGUUAGUAAUGCUGCUAACGAGAAGGCUUUGAAGGUGCGCCAGUAUAUGGACUCACGGUCCUCUCUUAGACAGGGGGUGCUAGCUCAAAGAAGGUCAAAUUUCCAGGGGAACCGAUUUCCUUUGGCUGCUGAGGCUGCACGUAGAACUGCAGUUGACCCAUUUCGGAUUAGAGCUUUUAAUGGUAGCAGGGUGGCUAAUUUGAACAAACCAAGGAUUGGAGUACCACCUGUCCAAAGGAGGACUACAAAUGGAGGUUUUUCAGUGAAGCCACAGCAGCAGCAGCAGCAGCAUCAGCAGCAGAACCAACCAGUAACAAAGCAAAGGCCUAAAACGCUGGAUUCGCUGUUUGCCAAUAUGAAGGAACAACGAAUGAGGGUAUUUUCUCGUCAGAACAAUGCUGUACAACGUAGUAAUGGUGGUGGUGGGCGGCAAAGAAUGCCUUGGGGAAGAGGCCGAUUUGGCAACUGAUGUGUGAGAUGUAUUCCUUUUGCUGUAAGACAAGCUGUUUGUUGAGAGAGGUUCUUCCAUCUUGUCGAUGGUGCUUGAUACUGCUGGCUUCUUGCUUAUCACUAAUGCUAUCAAGUUGAUCUUCAAGCUUUUUAUUUGAGAAUGUGACUAAUUCAGUUUGUGUUCUGUAGUGUCAUCUGAAUUAGGGAUGUAUAGUGGUUUCUUACACUUGCCAUUUGUUA